AUUAAUAAUCUAAUUCGAUUCUCGUUUUCAAUAGUUAUUAACCUAUCGAUAUUGAUAAUAUCUGAUAAAUAAUAAGUUCAUUUUAUCAUAAAAAUAAAUAAUAUUUUAUUUUAACAAUUGAAAUUAUGGAUGAAGAAACAAUGGAUGUACAUGUAAACGACAUAACUGUCACGACAUAAUGAACUUUUAAUGACAUUGUUUAAUAGAUAAUUCUAUUUUAAUAAAUGUCGAUGAAAAAAUGGAACAGAAUUCUAAAAGUAUAGAAGAUAAUCUUUUUGACGAAAUUAUUGGACACAUUGAAGAUAUUUUAAUAGAAGAUGAAUUUCAUGCUAUUCGACAAAAAUUUUUAGAUGAAUAUUGGAAUGUUUUUGAACCCAUAGAAGAAAAUAAAUUGAUUUAUACAAAUAUAUUUAACGAAUAUAAUAAAACUGUGGAAAAUUACAUUGUUAAUUAUUUACAAAGAACUGUACCACAUUUUAAUCUAGAUACAUUUUUAAAUUAUCUAAAUAAUAAACAAAAUGAAUUGGAAGGUGAAGUUUUUGAAGUAUUAUCAACAUUUACAAAUUUUAUGGCUUUCAAAGAAAUGUUUCUUGAUUAUAGAGCUGUAAGUAAUACUAACGUAUAAAAAUGAAUACAUCAAUAAUAAUAUCAAAUAAUUUUCAGAUAAAAGAAGGAAAAGUCGAAGAUCUUAGUAGUGGAAUAUUUGUUACAUCCUUUAAACCUUCUAAUAUAAAUGACAAGGAAUCUUUUAGAUAAGAAAUUUCAUUAAUAAAACAAGUAUAUUUUUAAAUGAAUUGGAACAAAUGUUCGCUAAUUUAUAUUUUUUUAUAUUUAAUUGUAACUUUUUAAAAUCACUAUUUAUUCACUGUUUAAUUUAUGUUUAUAAAAGUACAAAAAAAUAUGUACAUUAUAUUAAUAAUAUUCUAAAAAAUUGAGGAAUUGUUAAUAUUGAUUGGUCCUUUAUGAAUUUACACAGGUAUAUUUGUUGUAUCACUUAAAAUAUUAUAUUGAAGAUAAAAUAAAAAAUAUAACAUAUUUUUUAAUUCAGCA